AUGGCAAUACUGUGGGCGAAUAUCGAUGAAGUUGAGACUGAUGUUGUGGAAAUAGAAGCCAAGCUGGAUAAGCUGGUGAAGCUAUGCAGCGGGAUGAUCGAAGCGGGUCGUGUGUACAUCAGUGCCAAUAAACUCUUCGUCAACGGCAUUCGAGACCUGUCUCACCACUGCAAAAAGGAGGAGAUGAUCUCAGAAUGUCUUGAAAAGUGUGGCGAUAGCCUUCAGGAAAUCGUUAACUAUCACAUGGUAAGACACAUGUCCCUCAGGCUCGCUCUGCAUGGCCACAUGUCCCAUAACAAAACAUACAUGCACACGUUUCAGUCCGAGGUCAUAAUGAUUCAUCAUAUAUUACCGUAA